CUCUUGUUGUCUCAUUUACUAUUUAUUAGCUACCUUUAGAUAUAGUAGUUGUGAUUCCAUCACACUCUAUAUAUUCGGCUUCCGCAACAGUUUGUCCUCCAAAAAGCCUUUUAACUCUCUUGUGGAGCUUGAAUUUGAAGAUAUGACGGAGUGGAAGCAAUGGCACGCACUAGGAAUGACGAAGAUAUUGAACAUUGGGAGUUGCCUUCCUCUAUUCAGAGACUUACCAUAAAGAAUCUUAAAACAUUAAGCAGCCAACAUCUCAAAAGCCUCACCUCUCUUCAAUAUCUAGAUAUUUAUGGUAAUUUAUCUCAGAUUCAGUCACAGGGCCAGCUUUCCUCACUUUCUCACCUCACUUCGCUUCAAACUCUACAAAUCCGUAAUCUCCAAUCACUUGCUGAAUCAGCACUACCCUCCUCCCUCUCUCGGCUGGACAUCUCCGACUGCCCUAAUCUCCAAUCACUUGCUGAAUCAGCACUGCCCUCCUCCCUCUCUCACCUGACCAUCUCCCGUUGCCCUAAUCUCCAAUCACUUGCUGAAUCAGCACUGCCAUCCUCCCUCUCUCACCUGACCAUCUAUGAUUGCCCUAAUCUCCAAUCACUUGCUGAAUCAGCACUGUCAUCCUCCCUCUCUAAACUAUUUAUUUCCAAAUGUCCAUUGCUCACACCACUACUAGAAUUUAACAAGGGGGAAUACUGGAAAAAUAUUGCUCAUAUCUCCACCAUACAGAUCGAUUGGGAAUGCAUGUAAUGAUUAAAACGGAUGGCUCCCCAACUGAUCGACCAGACAACUACAUUUUGAUAGGUAAGGGCUAUAAAUAUACAUUUGCAGGGUGUUAAUCCAACGAAUGUGGAUUUUGAAGAGCGAGUACGACAAGUCUGGUACAUCAGUUGUCCGUAGGAAGUGUUUCUAAGUGAAUUUUUAGGUCUGUUGUUAUAGGCAAGUCUUUGAGAUGCGACUAUCAAAGAAGGGCGAUUACAAUCGGUGUACCGCUGAUACUAUUUCAUGUUUCCAGUGCAAGCCUCUUUUGUAAGUUGACAAACUCGAUUAGUUAAUAUGUUUGGGACUCAACUAGUGGUUAGAGUACUCAUUUUGUAAGACUUGUGUACAGAAAAUCAAAUUAGAGUUAUAACUCGUGAUGGUUGAAUAAACUCCAAGAAUAACUGAUAUAUUUUUAUAGUGGAUAUGUUGUUUGCUCA